UGCAAAGAACCAACUUCAAAAAAAAAAACCCUACUCAAAAUGAAAUUCCUUAUCUGCUUGGCUCUCUUCGUAGCUGCUGCUAGCGCUCAUGUCGUGGCUCCAGUGACCACUUAUGCUGCUGCUGCUCCAGCUUACACCACUUAUGCUGCUGCAGCCCCAGCUUAUACCACUUAUUCUGCAGCUGCUCCAGCCUAUACUACUACUACUUAUGCUGCUGCCCACCCUGCCUACACCACCUAUGCUGCCGCUGCUCCAGUGUACACACGUUCAGUGUACUCUGCUCCCGCUGCCUAUACCACCUAUUCGGCACCAGCUGUAGUGUCAGCUCCUGCUGCCGCCGUGGUGGCACCAGCUGCCCCCGCUGUCUACACCACUUUGUUGAAGAAGAAGUAGAUGCUUUGAAAUUGGAACAA